AGUUUUCAAAGCCAGCUGAUAAAAUCAAAAUAUUAAUCUUUCGAGCCGAUAACUCGUUUUCUUAUUAAUGCGUUUACAGCAGCAUAUAAAGCGCGAUAUACGAGAGUAGUGUGCAGCGAGAACAAGGCUUAGACUGAUAUCAAAAUUUAAGUACUUUUUCCGUUUAGAUUAGAGACUCGAAGAAAUUUUCCACAACUAAAAUCGUCGCAUACUCCUCGUUAUUACUAGAGAGAGAAGCUAGAGCCAGCAUCGGCGAGAAAGCUGAAAGCGAAGAGCGAUUGUACGUCUGCUUAUCGGAGUUUCAUCGCGAGAGGCCGCGACAUUUCGACUUUACAGGCGAUUAUCUGGCCGUUGGUGCCCCCCCCCCCUCCUCCUCCUCCUCCUCCUCCUCCUCCUCUCUCUCCCGCCGCUUUUUUCCACGCGUAUAUAGUCCCCUCUCGAUUUUCGAGCCGCGAGAGACUACUGUACUGGCGGGCAUCGCGCGAUCGCCGAUCACUUGGGUUCUGCUGCACGAUCCAUCAGGACGCGAAAAUGAACUCUCGACUUAGCAUCGUCUUCGUGGCUCUUGCCGCCUUCGGCUGCCUCAGCUCGGCCGCCGGAGAGAAGCUCACCGUCGACGUCUACUACGAGUCCCUGUGCCCGGACAGCGUCUACUUCAUCACCAAAGAGUUGGCCCCCGCGUACAACGAUCUCAAGAGCAUCAUCAACGUCAACUUCGUUCCGUUCGGCAAAGCAUCGUGGGUCGUCGGCGAGCAGUCCAAACGCACCGAGUUCACCUGUCAGCAUGGACCCAACGAGUGUCGUGGAAACCGGGCCCAGGCUUGCGCGCUUUACGAAAUCGAGCAGACGAUUAAGGCCGAAGACCAGCAGCAGCAGAAAAAGGUCGACGUCGUCAGUUGCGUCAUGGGUAGUCGCAAUCCUGCCUCCGCUGUGCUUCAGUGCGCGGAAAGAAACGGUCUCAGCACCGGAUCGGUCCAGAAGAUCCAGAGCUGCGCCAGGACCGAUCUCGGCUCCCAAUUGCUCGUCGCUCAAGGCGAAAAGACCAAGGCCUUCGAGUCGCCGCUGACGUUCGUGCCGACCAUCGUCAUCAACGGGGAAAAGAAGUCGGAAGCCUUCAGAAACUUUGCCAACACGGUCUGCCAGCUGAUCCCUGACGGCGAGAAGCCGAGCGCCUGCAGUCAGUAUUAAAAGUAGAGCAGCAGAUACGAGCGAGUCGAGGCCAAGAUGAAAACAGAGAUCUCAUCCUUAACAAAUACAGUGGCUAUCGCCUGCAGCUGAUAACUUAAUUAAGAAGACAAAAAAAAAAAAAAGAAAUAAUGAAGAAUAUCGAAUUCGCGCUCGUUUUAUCAGUCGCCCGACUCUUGGCUAUAUUUACAAAUGUACAAAAAGUGUCUCACAAGAUUAUACGUCGAGGAAAACGAGAGCCUCCUUAUGUUGUUUUUUUAUAUAAAAAUAUUUAACGCGAA